AUGAGUCGUUUUUUGCCGCUCGUCUUUUUUUAUUUGGUAGCAGAGCUCCAAGCGCAGGUCCAUGUUAAUAGGUGAGAUUUUUUCUUCGUUUUCUUUCGUUUUCAAGGAAAUCGCUGUCAUUCAAAAAUACGAAUUUAAUUCAAAAUACUACAUUAUAUUUGUCCUCUUUCAUUUAGGUUUUCCGUCCUAGAGUAUUCUCGCAAGUUGAAAGAAGUGUUCAAUCAAACCAAACAACAAAAAAAUUUCAAAAAUAAACGAACAAACAGAAAAGAAGGGUUUUUUAAAAGGAAAUUUUCACUUUUCAUGAAGAUUUUGAUGAAAAUAAUUAACUUUAUCUUUUCAUUUUAUUUUCGGGAUUUUUCAAAAACUUUUCCAAAAAAAACCCCUGGUUUUAAUCAAAAAUCCCUGUAAAUAUUUGAAGACAACGAUUGUAAAGACGUUCUGAAUUUUGGUUUCAAUUGAGUUAUUUUUUUUUUCCAACCCCUUAAAAAGUGAAAACUUAGUGGUCUUAUCGAUUUUAUCGUUUUUCUCUUCUUUUUUUUUGGUUCGAAAAUGGGUUUUUUUCUUCUUCUUCACUGAAUUUGUCCUUUUUCUCGAAUGUCGAGCGUCCUUAUUAAAAGUAGCUAGCUCGCAUGGAACUAGUUCCAUAGUAUCACAAUCACUAUGAGACAAUGAUGGAUGACAUCAUCAAUGUUCGGAAACCAAAGGUUUCUUAGUUCGAAUCGCCUUCCAAUUGAGAUGAUACCACACUUUCGAGUCAAGAAAAAAAAAACUAAUCAUUUUUUUUUCUUCCGGUUUUAAAGUAUAUAAUUUUUCAGAAAAGAUAAAGGUUGUUCAGAAAACUUUUCAUCUGCCCUUUUUUUCGAGGUUUUAAAAAAUAUGGGAAAUACUAUAAAAGUUUUUUGAACGGUCGUCGAGAAAUUCGUAAGUCUUUGUUUUAACUGUACCGAUAGAUUUCGUGAAGCCUGACAAUAACAUUAUCGGGAAAAGUCAUGGAUACUACAAGUUUUCCCUAAAUCAGCUGUGACUCAACUUUAGUAGUUUUUGUCGAAAAAAAGCAUCAUUCCUUUUGAUGAAGUUUUCUAGGAAUCUUUUUGCAGCACCGGCUGUGGUACUACAAAUUUCUGCGUUUUCAAACCAAAAGGCUGCGAUCCGAACCUCGAUUGUACGGUUGGCGUCGUGGUUUCCAUUGUCGGCAGCAACCAGAUGCGGGUUCAAAUGGCUGCGCAGGUACUGUUUUAUUCGAAUCACUCUUCUUCGCCUGUUCAAACUGAUGUCGCGAAAUUCGAAAUGGAUGUCAGAGAGUGAAAAAGAUGAAUAAAUUUUGGAGAGUCAGAGAUAAUUUUGCGUUCCGCGGGAAUCACUUUGAACACGGCGUCAGAAUACUUUCAAAAAAUCCUGGAAGGUUGAGUAAAACUUCCAAAAAAGGAUCGGUUGUAUAUUUUCAUAGUUUUUAGCUGUGGCGCUUUCUAGCUUUUUCUUCAUUGAUGUUUUUUAAGAACACUCUAAAAGUUGAAAAUGCUUCAGAGAAGUCCUAGAGAUUUAUUUUUGUGAAAACUAUCAAUACGAACUUUUUUUAAAUAUUUUCAACCUCUUAUUUUUUUCAGACUCUAAUCCCACCUGUACAACAACAGUACGUCGCCGUCGCUUUUUCGGACGACAUUGAAAUGGUUUGAUUAUUAUUCUUCAUAUCCGUAAAGAUAUAUGACAAUAAGUGCUUGGGAGAAAAAAACAAUUUAAAUUUGGUCUUUUGAUCUGUUCGUCAAGUUCUUGGCCCAAAUAAAGUUUUAGCAUGUUUCAAGAAUUAAAAUUGAUUAGAUUUUUUUGUGUAUUUUUUCCAGGUAUCAGUUUUAAUGUAAAGGAGAAUGGGAGUUUCUCGAACAAAAAAUGUCUUUCUUUCAAUUACAAGGGCCGAUAAAGUCUUUUGCCUGGGAGAGUUUUCUGGAAUUUUCAACUAAAAACGGAAGAAAUCAUCUUUUUAAUUAACUUUACUUCGGUCAAAGAGUGUUUCGAAACCCCACUAAAGUUUCGAAAAAAAGGAACUGUUCGAUUCCAAGUUUACUAGAGACCUAAUUUGCCGUGAGUGUUUGUUGUGAAGUGGCCCAAAAGUAAUUGGACUGGUUAGCAGAAGUAGAGGGAGAAAAAGUCGCGCGAUGCAUCUGAAAACAAAGAUUGAGAAGGAAUUUAAGGAAAUCUGCACUGUUAUCCUCAUCAUUUCGAGGCUAGAUCCCAACACAUGGAAACGUUCUGCAGCUCAAAAAGAUCUGAUCUAAGUUUUGGCGUACGUAGGAAGUCUCAAUAAUGCCGCUAGGCACUAACUUAGGAGUUUAAAAUUUUUGGGGGACUUUCCGAAGAUUUCUAAAUGUUUUGAGGAUUUUAAGGGAAGUUUUUUAACUGAAAUCUCUGGCAAAUCCUAAGGAAGUGUUGAGAAAGUAAUCAGCAGGCGGUUGAAAGGUGAAUUGAAGCUAGAAAAUGCUACACAAAAAAGAUAAGAAAUAUCAAGAUUUAGUUUUAUAAUGAAGUCAGUGAAGCGCUCAAAAAAGUUUUUUCAAUUUCCAUUUCAAAAGUUAUCUAUGAGUGUUUCAAAACGGUUACAGGGCAACGACACAGUGACGGAGUGUGUUCUGAGCGACGCGGCGGCGUUUGUCGACCCAGAGGUCUACUUGUCCUACAACAAGGGCAAGGCCAACGACCGCGUCUACCUGCACGACGAGGAGCACAAGCAGAUGUUCAGCAACAUCGAGGCCGAGUUCGUCGACGGCCGUCUCAUGUGUCAGUUCACCCAACAGCUCGUCCCGCAGUUCGACCACAAGGACGGCCUCGUCUUCGACCUGAACCGACCGUUUUUCAUGUUCGCCGCCACUGGCUCUGCUCAGCCUGAUGGUUCGUCUCUAAAGUGAUUUUUAAUGAAGGAGGUUUCUCUAGAAAUCAACGUGCACGACUUGAAUAAAGGUUCUCACUUCUUCCCAGUCGUGUCCGAUGUGCCGUUCAUUCCGACCAGUCUUGCAUCGGAGGUAUAUCUUCUUCCGGUUUUGUAUCUUAUCAUAGAAACCUGUGCUAUAACUAGGGACCGCAAAGCCACGCCCCUUUUCGCGAUAGAAAAAGUGGCUUUUUUUUGGUUUUCAACUUUCAUUUUGUUUUAGUUGCAAAAUAUAUGAAACUGGAUGAUAAAUUUUGACACACAUGUACAGAAAAAGCUUCCUCUUUCGUUUUAAAAAAAUAUUUCACGCUUUUUUUGAUGCGUUCUCGCGGAAUGUCGUACAAAAAAACGUGAAUGCAACUAAAAAAAAUUUGUCUUUUUUUGCUUUUUUUCAUGUGUUUUUGAGGUCGAACGCGCUCUUUCUUUUUUUAAAUAAUUAUUUUUGAUUCAAGUAACGUUAAUUUUUAAAACAAUAAAAUAAAAAAAUUCGUCUUUGCCAAAAAUUUUUAGGGAGUGCCGAAAGUCAUAAUUCAAAAAUAUCGUUAAUAAGCGAAUAUAAUCGAGUAUUAAUUUUUUUCAGAAUUUAGACAAUGGGCUUACUUAAAUUUUUUUCUCCACAGCAUCUGUGCUUGAAAAAAAGUUGUUUAAUACGCAAAAAAAUGCUCUUGAAACUAGAGAAUAAAAUUAGCGGCGUUUAUCACACUGAAAGCGGUCGAACGCAGGUUUUUUUAAACGAUUAUAUGCAUUUAUUAGUAAAAAAAUCUUUCAAUUAAAAAAAUAAAAUAAAAAAAUUCGUCUUUGUCAAAAAAAUUUACGGGGCCGUUUUAAUGCAGCGAUCGUUAAACGAGGCAAAAAGCACUAAAAAACAGUUUUUUCGAAGUGAAUUUUCACAAAAAGUUUGAGUAAAGAUUUGCGAACAUAUUCUGAUAAAUAAUAGCUGAAUUACUUCAAGUUUUUAUUUUUGAAAUAGGCAAUCUGUGCUAUCCAAACGGCUCAAGGGUAUGGCGGAUGGAAGCUCCUAUACUAGACCUAACAGCUUGGCGCAGCGCGGGCGCUGCGAUUUUUCAUUUUGAGGUCGCGAGUUCGAUGCCCGCAACCGUCAGUUAUUUGUUUUCCGGAAAAUACCGACUUUUUCGGCAAACCAGCAAAUUUUUAUCAUUUUAGCACUCUAUUAUGAUUUCUUACAUCAUAAUAGACCAGUAUCAAAACUUGUUCUAGAAGAAAAAUCGAGAAAAAUGCCUAAAAUGGAUAAUACCAAAAUUUCAGUACUAAAAAAAUGACGAAAGAUGUGGCGAGCGGCGCGCCACAUCUUUCGUCAUAACUUUUUUCAUCCUCAAUCUUUUUCGAAAAACUAAACGGUUCUGAGUUUUGAAUCGAAACAGCUAUCAAACCAUACAAAGCUCAAUGCUGAAAAAAAAUUUUUAAAAAUUCGUCUGCGGUCCCUGGCUAUAACCUUUAAUGAAAUGAGCUUCGCUGAUAAAAAAAUUCGAAGCAAGGGGUUUCCGCUCCCAGGUAACAGGGAUAUCCGAGAGAGAAUAGUAGGCCAAGUCAUAAUCUUUUUCAAACUGAAGCCGAAACUAAGCCUACAAUUUUGAGUAAAAAAGAGGAAAAAACUAAUAGCGCUCAAAGUACAGACUCGCUUCCAAAACACUUUUUUUAAUUGAAAAAUGCUCAAGGAAAAAUAGAAUCUUGACCAGAACCUAAGAAGAAAAAGCAUUUCUAAUCUUAUAACUUUUCAGUUUUCGCAUCCUACCGGCUAUACGCCCCCACCCCCGAUGCCAAAAGCACCCCGACCAUCUUUUGCCGUUAAAAAGUCAGCGGCUCAAUCUUCCGUCUAUCGUUUCCUUACAUUGGCCAUCGUUUCCUCCUUGUUUCAUUUGUAG